AUGGCAAGUAAGAGAAAAUGCGAAACUUUUCAAGAAAAAAUUAAUUUCAGCCCGAUGCGACGACGGCGUUCGGUCCGAUUGGACCCGUGCAUGUAUAUGAAUCUAGUUCAGCGGAGAUCUCGAAAAGAUCAGGUGAUCUGUUGCUCAAAAACCGGAAAAAUUUCUCGCCGGUAAGCGGCUUUUUGCAUUUUUCAAUUACAAACGGUCAAAAUGUUGCAGCCGAGCACCGAAAUCGACCUGUCUCGAGCGAUGAAAGAGCCGUUUUCCAUGUUCGGUACGGUUUUAGUUAUAUCACCACAUUCUUCAUGUUUUUCAUCAAAGUCGCCAAAUGUCUGCACGAUUUCCGCCAUGUACUGCCAUAAAUCCGGGAAAAUAAUGAAAACUAAAAAUCUAUUCAAUUUCCCAUUUUUAAGCAAAAUCUGACCGUUUUGUGCUAAAAUGUGCGCACUUGAGAGAAAUUUGCGUCAUUUUUGACAAAGAUAUGCUGACAUUCGACAUUUUUUACAGAUCGGCCCCGCCCAGCAGCUCUGCCGAAUAGAGAAACGAUCCGGAAUGGCUGGAACACUUUGGAAAUUGAACGAAUCGAUUCGGAAACUGAGAGACGACGACGAGAAAAUGGCCGAUGA